GUGUUUGUUAUUUUUCACAAAUUCGUUUCUGAUGUGAAGUGAUACGGAAGUAAAGUUGUUUUGGGGUCUUUUAUUUACCGUCAUAUAGUGCCCUGGUGUACAGUUAGAGUUUUUAAAAGUAAACAAAGUGUUCUGUGUGUAAACAAUUCGAUCGAAAAGUGUAUAAUAAUGAAUAAUUCUUUGGGUUCCUUUGGACAAUGGCAGCUCAUACGACAGCUGGGCAUAGGUGGCUUUGGAAACGUUCAUCAUUGGAAAAAUAUUGAAACCGGCGAAGAAAUUGCAACGAAAAGUUUAAAGGAGAAUCAUAACCUCAGCAAAGAUGAAAUCGCCAAACUACAACAACGGUGGCGACAAGAGAGCGAAUGGAUGAACCAACUACAGACACCCUACAUAGUGCGGGGUCUAAAUGAAAAAGUCGACAAGCCAUUUUUGGAGUAUCUAACACAGCAGCAUGCAUGGCUACCGCUACAGCCCAUCGUCAUGGAGUAUUGCAAUGGCGGUGAUUUGCGUGCACAGUUAUUGCUGGUGGAAAACACAAACGGUUUAAUAGAAUACGAGGUACGCGAAGUCUUGCUGGCACUACGUCAUGCAAUUGAGUUUUUGCACACAGAAUGUCGUAUUGAACACCGAGACUUGAAACCGGACAAUAUAGUCAUACAUCAGAUUGGCAGUCGGCGGUUGUAUAAGCUCACCGAUUUCGGUUUCGCACGUAGUAUUAGUGAGAACACGAUGCUGAAAAGCAUCGUCGGCACAAGAAACUACGUCGCGCCAGAAGUUCUCGACACGGCUGAAUAUAAAAAUACCGUUGACUACUGGUCAAUGGGAGUGAUUGCAUUCGAAUUGAUCUGUGGCAAUCUGCCUUUCAUUCCACAUCAACAGUUAUAUAGCAUAGUAACAAAUAUACGAAAGAAAAAGGAAAGCUGUAUUGCCAUCACGGAGGAUUUCUAUGAAAAUAAAUUUGAAUUUAAUGAGCAUAUUCCAUUUGAAAAUCGCAUGAGUACUGUAUUCUUAAAAUCCAUCGAAGCGUGGUUAACCAUAGCGCUAGAUCAAAACUACAGUACGCGCGGCAAACGUCUGUCACCAUUGACACAGGAACGUGUGCUAACAUUUUAUAGUGAGCUGGACACGAUUUUAUCGCAAAAAGUGUUGACGAUAUUUUAUUUGCCCACCUUAACAUUUUACUCAUACAUAGUCACACCUGAGAUGAGCUUGCGCGAUUUUAGAGAUAUGAUCAAAAGAGAUAUUGGCAUAGAGAACUUUUUUUGCAUUUUUCCAACCGGUCAUCCACGGCCUGAGCUGUCGCAUACUUACAAGCCAAUCGAUUUUUUUGUGGAGGAAUGGCAAGUUACACGCGAUGCCAAUAAUCCACCGGCGAUGCUGUAUAUUGCGAGUAUAGACACAGAAUACACGAUGCCCACACCGCAUAUUCCUUCAUAUAUAAAAAAAUAUUUUAAUGCUAAAGUUGUAUUACCCGAGAGCGUCGUGAAGAUUAUAGAGCAAAGCACACACUUUUUGCUCAGCAACGAACAACUGCAUCUAGAGGCUUUUGUCAGUGGCUUAAAAGAACAAGCGCUCACCGCUGAGCAUGAAAUAUUCCAGUACAAUACAGACAUUAAAGGAAAUAAAUUGGAGCAUUACUUUCAUGCGCUCACAGAAAUGCAUGGUCGCGUAGAACAGUUCGCCAUUGGCAUUGAAGCGGCGAAGGAAACGUGUAACAUGCAGGGCGCAAGAUGCGAAAAUUUCUUCAACGAUUGGUGUGCUAAAGCCGAAAAAUUCAAGACGCAUAUGGCUGAGUUAGAGGCACUGAAAACCAAAGUUAGCCGAUAUUAUAAGUCCGGUUUAAGGCGCGCCAAGGAAAUGGCGCUCAAUCAAAUUUUUGAUGAGCUAAAAAAUAAGGAUGUAUACAAACUUAAGGAGUUUAGACGACACCUAGGUAUUGCAUCGACAGAACGUUUAGAAGUCUGUAAAACUGCCGUGUACGAUUGUCUAAGUCAAAGGGAGAAAACAAUUAUGAACGAACAUUUGAAAUUUGCUUAUUCCACGAUAAAUUCGGUGCAAAAGGAAUUCGCAUUAUUGCAGAGUAUCGUCGACAACAGCUUAAAUCGGUUGAUACAAAUGCGCAAUACUUUACACCAAAAUACAUUGGAAUUUCAUAAAACGAUGAUUGAUUUAUACAUAAACGGCAAUAGGUGCAAUGCCUAUCUGUCACAAGAUGGCGAUGCGCCAACAUUUGUGAAUGGCAAUGCUGCGAGCAGCAUUAACGAACUAUUCCAGUACCCAGUGCAGUCAUUGAUUGAUGAAGCUACGGAGCGUAUGAUGCAAAUGGAUAUUGAUGAUGAUGCAAAUAGGAAUAAUGAUCUCCCAGCUACCAUAACUGAUUAGCUGACAUUUUUCACCUUUUUCGCAAUGCAUUGUGCCGAAAAUAUUAUUAGCGUUAGUUUAUAAUUAUAUAUAAGCUAAAUAUGACUGAUUGUGAUAGUACAUAUAUAUCUAACACAUUUAAAAGUUUAUAUAAAUAUAAAGUAUAUAAAUGGUUUUUAUACUUUAAAUUAUAUAAAUUGUGCUUAAAAGCACAGCUGCCAUGCGGUAAAAGCCAAGUUACAAAAUUUACUACCAAAUUAAAGUAUGUAAUUUAAGGCAGUCACAAAAUGAUUAGCACAUAAGCACUCUCACAAAGCAUGACGCAUUUUUUGCUAGUAAACUUAAAGUUAAAAUAAAGUGAUUUUAUUAAAUAUCGUAUCUAUAAGGUACGUCAUAUUUUAAGUCCUUAUCUUAGACAUUGAAUAAUUUUGAAAAAAUCAAAUCAAUCGUGUAGUAAUCGCAUUUAAGAAGGCUUUACUUAACUUCACUCCUUCGAUAUAGCACUGGUUUUGGCACGAAUGCUGCCGUUGAGCUCGUGUAUUGUCCGCGCAUUAUCAAAUAUUGCCUUAAGAAGGUGCCAGUGUGAGUCAAAUCUAGAGCUCGUGGUGACUAGUUAAUGGCCAUCUUUUUUCGACAACCAACAUCCAAGCGUUUGUUGUUGCAUAAACCGAAUGUUGGUGGGCGAACUUAAUGCACCAACAUCCAACUAUAUCGAUUUCCUUGCACUGUUUCGUUUGGAACUAUUAAAUGUUUAACUUUAAAUAAUAUUUCUUUAAAAUUAAGCUAUUUUUCAUAGCGAACAAUUUCCAUGUAUCUGAUUUAUAUACAUACGUACAAUAAUAUGUAAAUGUCAAAAAUCAUUUAUCACUGUAUGCAUUUUUUGUUAUGUUUAAGCAUGGAUUUUAUUGCAAACUAUUAUCUAUUAUAGGGUAAAACCCUUUUUUUUUAAGAAAGUCUAUGUGACCAUAUUGAUAACUUUGUAAGUUGAAUAUGUUAAAAAAAUAAAAAGAGACAAAAGACAAAA